AUGCUAUCGAAUCUCGCUGGAUGGGCACUUUUCGGGGCUUUUGCAAGGGCAUAUCAGCAAGCUCUGCGGAAUAUGAGCUUCACUUACGCACCAAUGGGAUAUGUUUAUUCGACGGGAGCGUGGGUUGGAUUUGGGUACCUAUUUGAGAAGUGGGUCAGGAACAACGACGAGAUCAUAGAGGAACGAUUGAAGAAACUGAAGGAACAGAGACAAAAGACGGCGUGA